CCAAAAGCUUCAAUAACUCUUCGUCUUCUUCUCCUCCUCCAUUCCAACCUCGCUCUCUUUAAACUCACACAUCUCAUACCUCUAACCCAAGACAAAAAUGGCGUCUCUCGCACCAGGCAUCCUUUUGAAGCUCCUUCAAUGCAUGAACUCCAACACUCGCCCUACCGGAGACCACAGAUCCGCUAUCCUCCAAGUCACCGGAAUAGUACCUGCCCUCGCCGGCUCCGAUCUAUGGCCUAAUCAAGGCUUCUACGUCCAGAUCUCCGACUCUCUUAACUCCACCUACGUCUGCCUCUCCGAGGGCGACACAGAUCUCAUCUUCACCAACCGUCUCCAGCUCGGCCAAUUUAUCUACCUCGAACGCCUCGAAUUCUUCACUCCAGUCCUUCGCGCCGCCGGAAUCCGCCCCGUCGCCGGCCGUCACGCUUUCGUCGGAACUCCUGAGCCGCUGAUCGCACGCGGAUCUAAGCGAGACUUCGUUAUCCAGCCUGUUCCCGCUUCUGAGUACUCGCUUGACCCAAUCGCCGUUUACUUAAACAACAAACGAUCCGACGACGAUGAUGUCACGGUGGCUCCCAAAGGAAGGCAAGCGCUUGCUCCCGUGAACCUAAACGAAGAGAACCGUGACCAAAAACCUAAGCGGACGCCACAGAGAUUCUCGUCACCAGCAUCGGCUAAGCAGCGGUCAGUCUCAUCAGGGAAGAAGCACAGCUCUUGGGUCGAAAGAGAUUCAUCACCAGUUGUUUCCUCCAAAGGGAGGAGAUCUGCGUCUCCGGUUCCAUCCAAAUGCGUAGUGCCGAGCCUUGCAGCGGCGCGUGAGGAGAAUAGAAAGGUUGCUAGAGAGGCAGCCAUUGUUGUGCCGUCCAGAUACAGACAACCAUCACCUAAUGGAAGGAAGGUGAAUCCAUCUCCUAGUGGAAGAAGACUGUCCAUUUCACCCGGAAGAAGGCUUUCAAGUGGUUUGAAAAUGGCUCCCAUGGUUGGCGAUUCUUUGGGGAAGAAGAAGAUGGCCGCGCUUGCUGCAGGAAUCUCCAAAGUCUCCGAGGCUCUUGUCGGAUCUUCAGCUAAGAAUGGUAACCGAAAGAAUUGGGAUGAACUUGAUGGAAAUGUUCAACCUGAGCAGAAGGAGAAGAGUAGUAUUAAGAAGAAUACUGAUCUUCAAGGGAUUUUGCGUACUCAGGCUGCUAUGACGAGACGUCUUAGUGAUGCGAAUUGGCGAAAGAGUGAUUCUUCAGCAUGUGAAGAGAAAGCCAAGUCUUGUUCAUCUGCGAGUAGUUUAGUGGAAGAUGAAGAAGACGUCUCAGCUUUUGAAGGACUUGGGAUCACUUAUCAUGAUAGGAAAUGGACAGAUGGUAGUGUUCCAUUGGAUAGCAUCCCAGGGGAUCUUGCAAGACUUGCAAAGGAGGCUGUGCAAAGAAGAAACUUUGCUGCUAAAGCUGCCGCUCGGGCAUUGGAGGAGGCUAAUGCCAAUGAGUGCAUCAUUAGAUGUUUAAGUAAAUUCGCUGAAUUUUCUUCAGCCUCUAAGCUGGAGAAUCCAUUGCGAAUCAUCAACCAGUUUUUGACAAUCUAUGGAGACGUUACGAAAUACAGUCAGCUUGUUUCUGAAGAUAGUUUCCAGUCGUCAUCUGAUCCACCAAGUCCAGUCUCUCUUUGGGUUGAAGCUGCAUUAGCAACAAACCUCGACGUGGUCUCACUAGUCAAAAGCCAGAAAAACCUAGAAUCACCAUCUUCAGUGAAGAAACCAACGCCUACUCGCCUCUCUGCCGGACCCUCUACAAAGACAGACAACAUUGUUGGGAUGUGGACAGACAAAGAUGGCAUGAAGGAGACAGCUAAAUUCGCAGUGAACGUACAAUCCGAAAUGCAAAUGUGGUUCAUUGGGUUCGUCGAAGAGUCGUUAGACAACAAAAAUGCGCGGCCUUUAAACGGUAGUUCCAUAGCUGCUGUUCUGUCUCAGCUGAAACAAGUCAACGACUGGUUAGACCGUGUCGUGGCGGACCAAGAAAACCAGAUCACAACAAUGCAUUUAACGGACAAGAUUGAACGGUUGAAACGAAAAAUCUAUGGAUUCGUGAUCCACCACGUCGGUUCUACUUUUGACAACACUGCUUCUUGAUUUAUUUUUAUUAUCUUUUGGUUUUGUCUACACAGAUGAUGCUUUCACGUUUCAAACUUUCCAUACAAUGCUCAUGUUUCUCAAAUGCUCGAACAUAUUAAUCAAAAACAAAUAUUAAGUGAAGCUAUUACAGUAACAGGUUCUUCAACAUGGCUAAAAAAAAGAUUUGGUUUCUUUUGCACACAAAC